GACAAAAUGGCUGCCGCCAACAACUCUUCAAGAAAAGAAUCCAAUGCAGUUCUGCUGGUGACUGAUCAGUAUGCCACAUCUAAAGAAGAUGACGUUUCCACCAUGAACCAACAGGUGGUUCAAAUCCUGACCGGAGCAGGGAGGAAAGUUUAUUGUCUGGUGUUGGAGGAUACAGAGGAGGACAGAAAGUGUGCUGAGGCUGAUGGAGUGGAGCUCAUCCUCCCAAACUGCAGUCAGGAAGACACAAGAAAACCUUCUCUGAAUUGGCUGACCUUUGACCACCUCAACCGCUAUCCCAGACUCCCACAGGAUAUAGGAUGGAUUGUGGGCCAUGCUGAUGUCACUAGCAGAGCAGCAGCAGCUAUCAAGGAAGAGCGUUUUCCCCAAGCAGAUAUCAGUGUUGUCACACUGACUAUACCUGAAGACACAGAGAAGUACAAGGAAGAGGAGAAGGCCAUGGGCAUUGGGAAGAAGGAAGACUCUAUCAGACAAGAUGUAGAGAAGGCAAAAACUCUGUUUUCUGUCGGACACAGAACACAUGACCACCUCACAAACACAAUUCGUGCAAUUCCUAAAGAAAAGAGGCCAGUUCACAAACUCUUUCUGCCAGAACCAUCCAAGAUAUUUCAGGAAACCACAGUUGAGUAUGUCGAGAGUAGGGAGAAAGUUGUUCUGUUGAUCAGUAGGGUUAAAGAAGUAGGAAAGCUAAAAGGUCUUGACUUUGUAGCAAAGUCAUUGGCAAGGGUGGCAGAGAGAAGUUGCGAAAGAAUCCAACUGCGGAUUCGUGGUGUCAGUGAAGAGGAGUAUCAAGCCAGUAUGAACAUUCUCCAAACCAGCAUCAACUCAGGAAAACUGAUCCCCACACUUCUCCCACACGGCACCCAGGAAGACAUCUGCCGAGACAUGCAGCAGGCCCACCUGGUUCUCAUGCCCUCCCGUACAGAACCCUUUGGUCUGAUUGGUCUGGAGGCCAUGGCAGCUGGCGUACCCGUCCUCAUAUCUGAUCAAUCAGGACUUGCCACCUUGGUCAAUGAGGUCAUACCAGAAUUCCACCACUCUGUACUUGCAAUCACAGGUAAUGAUUCUACAGAUGUCACACAUUGGGCAAGUCAGAUUGAGAAAGUUCUGAGGCUGUCUAAAGCCGAGUUCAGUAGGGCUGCAGCACUCAAACAAAAACUCCUGGAGUCCAGAUACUGGGAAGAGUCUCAUCAGAGUUUCCUCCAGGCAUGUGGAGGGUUAGGUACUGAGGCACGUCAGCCUGCACAAGUCCAGAAAAGAAAGAGAGAGACACAUGAGACUGAGGACAGUAACGCAGACAGGAAAGCUGUGAAGUUUGAUCAGCAAGCUGAAAUAAGGGAGCUAUGUGAAGGAAGUGUACUCUGUAAGCUGAGGUUCUACCAUAGGGACAGUCAGGUAGAUUUUGUGUCAGCUUGUAGAGAUGGUAGUCUGUCAGCCAUCCUGACUGAGGAGUACAUCAGCCAGGAGUUGGUGGAGAUAUGUGGAGGGAUGCCACUCCAUGUGCACAUUGAGGUUGAUGAGGAAGACUUUCAGAGGGGAGCAGACUUACAUGUAUAUGAAGGUGCCACGGUUACACAAGCACCUGCCAAAGGUGAUCAGCACAGAUCCACAGGUGUGCAGGUUGAACAGGUGACAUCACAGCUGGCCUUGCUGCACACUUCCCUUCAACCUAAAGACAUGAUGAAGAUCCCCAAGUAA